AUGGCGAGAAUUAAGAAGAAGGGCACCUCUGGCUCAGCCAAGAACUACAUUACCAGAACUCAGGCCGUGCGCAAACUUCAGAUCUCUCUACCGGAUUUCCGUCGACUUUGCAUUUUCAAGGGUAUCUACCCUCGCGAGCCCCGUAAUAAGAAGAAGGCCUCCAAGACCUCAACUCCCAACACCACCUUCUAUUACACUAAGGAUAUUCAGUAUCUGUUGCACGAGCCCCUCCUGAACAAGUUCCGUGACCAGAAGGCUCUUGCAAAGAAGAUUGCCCGCUCCCUCGGCCGUGGAGAAGUCAGCGAUGCGUCCCGUUUAGAAAAGAACCACGCCCCAAGACUCACUUUGGACCAUGUCAUUAAAGAACGUUACCCGACUUUUAUCGAUGCCCUCCGUGAUCUUGACGAUGCGCUUUCUCUUCUUUUCCUCUUCGCUACCCUUCCCUCCACCGACCAUGUUCCCUCUAAGACCGUUGCGCUCUGCCAGCGCCUUUGCCAUGAGUUCCAGCACUACUUGAUCAUGACCAACUCUCUGCGCAAAUCAUUCCUUUCCAUCAAGGGUAUCUACUACCAGGCUACUAUCCAGGGUCAAGAUAUCAUGUGGUUGGUUCCCUAUCGUUUCGUGCAGCGUGUCAAUGGCGACGUCGAUUACCGUAUCAUGGCCACCUUCGUCGACUUCUACACCACCCUUUUGGGCUUCGUCAACUUCCGUCUCUACUCCGGAAUUGGAUUGCGCUACCCCCCUAAGUUCGAUACCCGCAGUGAUGAGAACGGUGCCGAGUUGGCCGCUUUCACCCUCGAGGGCCGCACAGUUGGUGAGGUGCCCAAGGCUCUCGAAGCCGGCAAGGCCCAGACCAACGGAAACUCCAACAAGGAAGUUUCCAAGGAGCUCCAAGCCAAGGUGGACAAGGUUAUUAAGAAGGCCGGAUUGGACCAGAGCACCGACGAUCAAGCUAUGGACACCACCGAAGAGACGAACGAUGCCAUCGACCACUUCGAGACUGCCGCCCCUGAAGCCGACGUUCUCCCCCAGCCCUCAAUGAGCGGCAGCGAGGCCGGUGCUCUCUUCUCCCCCUUCGUGUUCUACAUUUCCCGUGAGGCUCCCAAGGCCCCCCUGGAAUUCAUCCUGCGCUCAUUCGGCUGCAAGCGCGUUGGCUGGGCCUCCGUGCUUGGCGAUGGAGCCUUCACCCACGACGAGACCGACCCCCGCAUCACUCACCAGAUUGUCGACCGCCCCCAGCUUCCUCAAGAAUCUCUCCCCGCCAUCCCCGCUGCUGAUGAGAGCGCCGUCCAGGUUCGCCCCGGAUCCCGCAUUCCCGGCCGCACCUACAUCCAGCCCCAGUGGGUCUGGGACUGCAUUAACGAGGGAAAGCUCCUGCGUGCUGAUCUUUACGCUCCCGGCACCACUCUCCCUCCUCACUUGAGCCCUUGGGUCAAGGCUUCCCGCGGCGCUUACGACCCGCGCGCCACCCUGGCCGAGCAGGAAGAGGAAGAUGAGGCUGAGAUUGCCGCCGAGGCAUCCGACAGCGACGAGGAGAUGGCGGAUGAGCCCGCUAUCGAGGAGAAGGCCGAGGAGUCCGAUGCAGAGUCUGUCGACGGAGGCAUGGAUGUCGCCGGCACCGACGAUGACGAGAGCGAGGAGGAGUCCGAUGAAGAUGAGGACUUCGGUGGCUUCGAAGAGGGAGCCGCAUCUGAGUCCGAGUCUGAAGAUGAGGCCGCCCGCACUCAGCACCAGAAGGAGCUCGAGGCCGAAGCCGCCGGCCUGCCGUUCUCCUCUGCCGCUGCUGCUGACGAGGCCUCCAAGAAGAAGUCUGCUAAGAGCAAGAAGCUUGCUGCCAAGAAGCGUAGCGAAGACGAAGAGCUCGAGAGACAGAAGAUGAUGAUGAGCCGGAAGAAGCGCAAGCUGCUCGAGAAGAUGAUGUACUCGAACAAGAAGACUGCUGAUGAGUCUGCCAAGCUGCGUUCUAAGCGCCGUAAGCUCGAGAAGGGCGAGAAGGCUGACAAGAAGAACUAA